AUGCCAAGCAUCACAGGACCAAGUUCUUUGCCCGAAGAAACAGAAAUCCGUGCUGUUAAUCCGAACCAGGGCGACAGUAAAAGCGAUUCCGAAGUAAAUAUUCAGCCUCGCAGAAGACAGUUUACUGACAAAGGCAGAUCAUGGGCUAUGGAAAACUUAAAGAAAAACAGAACAUUAGCAGGGGCAGCGCUUCGAAAGCAAAUUACAAAAGCAAAUCUUCUCUCGGAAAACACUCACGAAGAAACCAACGACGCGUAUCAGUGGUUCGACAUGCGAGAUCGCGAACAUUUUCAGUGUCAUACCAAAAUCAACGAGAAAUUAAAAACUCUCGAACGAAUUGGAGCUGAGAUUUUUCAACCUAAAAGCUCAUGUUCAAAAUCUUCAAGAUCAUCGAGAAGCUCUGUAUCGUCAGUGAGAUCAAAGAGAGCAAGUGCUGCUGCAAAGGCAGCUGCUCUUCAAGUCGAAAUGGAAUUCCUAGAGAAAGAAGCUGAAUUCAAAAGCCUCCAAGUGCUGAAAGAAAUCGCUAAAGCAAAGGCCGAAGAAACAGCCAUGAAAAAGAUAGAAGCAGAGUUUACUAAAGAAAAUGUUAUUGUGAACACUGAAGAAGAAAAGACCGAAUUCGACAAUGAUAUGGAAGCGUAUUUCAACCAACCACCAGUAUUUUCUGGAAGUUACUUCGACUAUCCAAGCUUUGUAAGCGCAUUUGACUGUUUAAUCGAAAGCAGAGUUGAUGAUCCGAAGCAAAGAUUAUAUUGCCUGAAUCAAUUCACAAGCGGUGAUGCAAAUGAAGUCAUCAAAGGUUUGGUCAACCUGAAUUCCCCGGAUGCUUACGCAAAGGCAAGAAACCUCCUAAAGGAACGAUUUGGACAUCCUUAUCGCGUCGCGCAAGUAUAUAAGGAAAGAUUAAAGAAUUGGCCCCUUAUAAAGGAUACGGACGGUGUCGCGUUGCAAAGACUUUCUGACGUUUUGAGACAAUCCGAAGAAGCUAUGAAAACGAUCAAGCAUAUGGAAGGAUUAAACUCGGAAGAUUUAUUGAAGAAGAUCAGCUCGAAAUUGCUUAUCUAUUCUGGCGUCCGAUGGUGUCGUCAUGCCAACAACAUUCUGAAAUCUGAAGAAAGAAUUGUAAACUUUCAUGAUUUGGUUGAGUUCGUGAAGAGCGAAGCCGACUUUGCCACAGAUCCUGUGUUUUCUCCUCAAGUCCUUAAAGAAGAAAGGAAAGGUGAUAGAAAAAAUGAGGAUAAAGAACAAGAGGUUCAUAAAAGAAAAGGAAGCAAGUACUCGAGCAGUUUUUCAACGAACAUUGAUUAUCCACAACCGAGAGUAUCAUACAAAACACAAGAAGUACCUAGAUGUGCCCUUUGUACGAGAAGUCAUUCCCUCGAAUUCUGCCAGGAAUUUAAGAAAAUGAGUUUAAACGAAAGGAAAGACUUUGUUAUGAAGAAAGAACUAUGCUUUGGAUGUUUUGGUCCAGGGCACAUGUCAAGGAGAUGCCAGUCCAGGAAGAAAUGUACGAUUUGCGACAAAGCUCAUCCUUCACUGCUACACGACCCAACGAAGAAUACAUCUCUCGAAGAAAUUUCAAAGCAAACUCCUUUGGAAAAUGGUCCAAUUUCUGCAAAAACGGACAGUACGAUAAAUAACUGUGUAAGUGUGUGCAACGCGAUUGGAUCCUGCCAAGAACAGACAAGUUCGAUGAUUGUACCAGUGUGGCUUUAUCAUCAGGACAAGCCAAAUUGUCAAGUAAUGGUAUACGCGUUGUUGGAUCCCGCAAGCAAUGGAACAUUUGUUAAGCGUCAGACAAUGAAGAAACUCGGUAUAGACGGUGUGAAUACCCAUUUACAGCUCAACACAAUGCAUGGUACUGAAGUAAUUACUACACAGAAAGUUACAGGAUUAAAGAUAGAGAACCCCGAGAGGACAACCCAAGUCGAAUUGCCCAAAGUUUAUUGCAGAGAUGAUAUCCCAUCAAAGAGGAACGAAAUUCCACGACCUGAGAUGGCUGCAGAGUGGACCCACCUAGCUGACUUAUCGAAACGAGUUCAUCCAUACCAACCAAAUCUUGAGAUCGGUCUCUUGAUUGGAUCCAACUGUCCCAAGGCGAUUAAACCUAGAGAGGUUAUACCUGGAAACGACAGUGAUCCAUAUGCAAUUCGAACAGUCCUUGGUUGGGGAAUUAUUGGCCUAAUCCGGAAAAUUAACCAAACCGUGGCUGAACAGCCUGACGUUUUGUGUAACCGAAUCGAAGUCCAAGAAAUCGGAAAGGAAAGGAAACCUGAUAUUAGCUUUGUUCCCGAAACCCAAGUUAAAGAGAUCAUCGACCCAUCGUCAAUCAACAGAAUGUUUGAAAUGGAUUUUAACGAAAAUAAUACCAUUGUUCGAAAGUCAUUUUCUCGAGAUGAUCAAAUGUUUAUGGACAAAGUUUCUAAAGGAAUCCACCAUCGAUCAGACGGACACUACGAGAUUCCACUGCCAUUUAGAGAGGACGAUCUUGAGCUACCUAACAACAAGAAAUUAGCUGCCUAUCGCCUUCGAAAUUUAAAGUCAAGAUUUGAUAAAGACGAAAGAUACAAGGAAGAUUAUGUUAAGUUCAUGAAUGAAAUGAUAAAGAAAGGACAUGCAGAAAAGAUCCCUCCAGAGGAAGAAUCGGCGAAAAACGGCAAAAUCUGGUAUAUUCCACACCAUGGGGUGUACCAUCCAAAAAAACCUGGAAAGAUUCGUGUCGUGUUCGAUUGUUCGUCGGAGUACAAAGGAGAAUCCAUCAACAAACAUCUCCUACAAGGCCCGGACCUUACAAAUAAACUGACGGGUGUUUUGAUAAGGUUUAGACAAGAACCCGUUGCAUUCAUGAGCGACAUAGAGGGAAUGUUCCAUCAAGUCAAGGUGACGAAAGGCUGCCGAGAUUUCCUUCGAUUCUUAUGGUGGCCACAAGGCGAUACGAGUAAAGAAGUCGAGACUUACCGGAUAACUGUUCAUCUAUUUGGCGCUGCAUCUUCACCAGGUUGCUCCAAUUUUGCGCUGAAACAAACAGCCGACGACAAUGAAAGAGACAUUGGCGAAAGAGCAGCCGAGUUCCUGAGAAAGAAUUUCUACGUCGAUGAUGGUCUCAAAUCCGUUCCUUCCAUUGACGAAGCCAUAAGUUUAAUAAGCCAGACUAAAGAAAUGUGCAGUCGUGGUGGAUUUAAUCUACAUAAAUUCGUCAGCAACAAGAAAGAAGUGAUUAAAGAAAUUCCGGAAGAAGAUCGUGCCAAAACAGUGAAGAAUCUUGAUCUUGACGUCUUGCCAGUUGAGAGAGUGCUAGGCAUUCAGUGGUGCAUUGAGGUUGACAGCUUUGAAUUUCGUAUCCUGCUGCAAGAUCGACCUUUGACAAGAAGAGGGAUCCUGGCCACGGUCAGCUCGAUUUAUGAUCCAAUGGGCUUCGUGGCACCCAUCAUUCUGACAGGAAAGAGGAUACUGCAGAAUCUAUGUCGUGACAAGCUAGACUGGGAUGACAAAAUUCCUGACAGCAUAAAGAUACAAUGGGAGAGAUGGCGAAAGGAGUUGCACUGUCUGAAUGAAUUGUCCAUCCCCAGAUGUUACAAACCAGUUGACUUUGGCGAAGUGACCUCUGCAGAACUCCACCACUUUUCAGACACAAGCACUGUUGGAUAUAGCCAAUGCUCAUACCUUCGAUUAAAGAACGCCCAAUGCAAGAUACAUUGCUCGUUGGUUAUGGGUAAAGCAAGAGUGACUCCUGUCAAACCAAUUACUAUUCCACGUCUAGAGUUGACAGCAGCGGUGGUCUCUGUUAAAGUAAGCGAAGUGAUAAAGGAAGAGCUGGAAUAUAGCAUCACGAAAGAAUUGUUUUGGACAGACAGUCAGAUUAUUCUCGGAUAUAUUGGAAAUGACACCAAAACAUUCCAUGUAUACGUUGCUAACCGUGUUCAACAGAUUCGAAGCCAAACCUCGAAAGAUCAGUGGAGAUAUAUCAACACGAGUUCUAAUCAUGCUGAUGACGGAUCGCGCGGUCUUACCCCCAAACAGAUAUUGAAGAACCCAAGGUGGAUCACGGGACCAGAAUUUUUAUGGAAUUCUGAGGAAGAUUGGUUGCCACAAAAGGUGCUGGAUAUCUAG